AUGGCCAAGUGGGAUCCCACCUACCCGCGCUCCAAGCAGCGGUCAACCCCGCCCCGCCGCAGCCUCGCGAUGCGCCGCAAGCGCUUGUCCCGCCGCGUCGUGUCGGGGCUCUCCGCCAGAGACUCCAGCGCGUCCGGAGCGGAUCUGGAGCUGGCGGCGCCCAAGCGGCGGCGCAGCAUCGACGGGUCCACGGACUGGAGGGCCGGGCUGCUGCUGCCGACCACCACCACAGCCUCCUCCUCCUCCGUGCGGAAGGGCAACGGCGGCCACGCGCGUGCGAAGCGGGGCGCGCGGCUCGACGAGGCCGGCGUCGCGCACUUCCUCACCGCGCUGGAGCGGGUAAGCUAAUACGCUGGCCGUCUCUCUGUCACUCCA